CAUCACCACCUAAUUAACGAAUCACGGUCUCUUACGCAUUGGCCUCGCAGCCUAAUUCGUUAGGCGCAUAUCAAUGCAGCAUAAACAAUUUCGGACUAGACCCACUCUGGUCUUCUCCGAGAGGUGCAAGUUGCGACACUCUUCGGUGUAUAAUCGCCAGUUUAUUUGAAUUCAGCAAUUGGUCAAUUUCAAAAUUCUCUUUGGUGGAGCGCUUACAUGUGUGUGUGUCUUCCCAGGAACCAGACGCAGUUGGUAUUGCACGUUUUACAAGAGGUUGAUUUAUUCUAAAAUUCAUACAAGUACACAUAUUUCGCGUCAGAAGUGUGAGAAAUAACGACUUCCGAUAAGAUCACGUGGACACUAGAAAUGUUACGUUAACAGACGGAGCACAGAGUAACAAAAUGGCUCGCAAAAGCAAUGUUCAAUAGUGCUCAUACAGGAAAGCAUACUUGACACACCUGUUAAAAUGAACUUCUAUUUACUUAUAUUCUGUGUACUACUAUGGAACAAUGUACAAGCUGAGAUUGAAAUAAUAUUUGAUGACGCUGAGUGUAAGUAUAGUAAUGACGAAUUCGUGGAACCUGGAUCAUGUGAAAUUACGGUGGACGAUGACAGCGAAUAUGGGAGUACUGUAAGUACUCAUUUGGAGGUCAUCAAACAACCACCGGAAGACAUCAGAGCAAUAGCCAAAGUAUAUGGAGUUAACAUGGGCGAAUAUACGAACGAUAUUGGACUUGAUGUAGAUACAAAUUUUUGUGAAGUGACAAAGGAACAUCAUAGCAUUGCUAGACCGUUUAUAAGCGCAUUUGGCUUGAAUGAUUUGGCUUGCCCUAUACCACCGGGAGUCUACGGAAUGGAACAUUAUGUUAUUGACAACAAUGAUGGUUUACCGGAAUCAUUUCCUAUAGGAAGAUAUCUAAUAUCUAUUUCGCUCUUAAAUGACGAGUACACAAUAAUAACCGUAGAUAUUUAUCUAACAAUAACGUAAAUUAUUUUGUAGUAUUGCACUAAAUUAAAAUUUAA